CAAGUGUAUGUGAAAUACACAUACUUUUGGACAUACAUAUAGAAAGAAUUAGAUUUGUCUAUUACAAAUUUAUAUCGCAUUUGAUGUAGUCGACGACCGAGAUGAAUCAAAUGAACAAGAUACAUAAAAAAGACAAACAUUAACACACAAAAGAACAAAACUAAUAAAAUUAACAUAGUAUCAAAAAAUGAAAUAAAGAAAAGAAAAUUUCAAAAUCUAGUACGUGCUUGCAUCUACAUGAUCCAACGAAGUUCUUCGCCUAUCCACAAUAUAUUGUUUUGCCUAUAUAAACACAUCUCCCAUUUCCUCAUAAGAAACCUCAAGCCCUAACUAAAAUCUCAAGAUAAACCUAUAGUUGUCUUGUCAAACAAUCAAACCCUUUUUAGAUAUAGAAAAUGGGAAUCAAAUUCAGCCAAGGUCCUUCGAAUACAACCAUUCACAACAGAAGUCAUCAAGAUGGUGAGGAUCAAAGGAACGAGACGGCGACGAAGAUCAAUCAUGACAAGCCUCAAAAUCAAUCAAGUAGCUUUCAGAUUCCACUUCAUUAUCCAAAGUAUACAAAGAGUGAUUAUGAGAAAAUGCCAGAGUGGCAAUUGGAUCGGCUUCUGAGAGAGUACGGCUUGCCGGUUAUCGGAGAUUCUUACGAGAAGAGGAAAUUUGCCAUCGGAGCAUUUCUCUGGUCGUCGGAGAACGAGCACUAGAUCAUAUGUUAUCGUAAUAGACGUCAUCGUUUCAUAUGGUACUGUUUGAAUAAAGAUAAGUUGGUGAAAGCGUGGAAAAGAAACAUGUUUGCAUGUAGAUAUUAUCCUGGACAUGUAUGUUUUAUAUAAUAUAUAUAUAUGUAUUAAUGUAUUUGUAUAUAUGGUGUGUUUCUCUACUCUCCAUGUAUGUUACCUCAUGGGCACGACAUUUGUAAUAACUAUACUAAGCUUAAUAAUUUUCUAGCGUUUUCACAUAUACAAUUAAAAAUAAUCAUUAUUUAGUUAUUCCAAUAUUUUUUUUACAAAACAGUUUUUAUAAUUGUGAAC